AUGUGCCAAUUAAAUGAUAAUAAUGAUAAUGAUAAUAAAGGAGAAAAAGUCGAAUGUUAUAUGAAUGUUACUAGUUAUGAAAAAAAUUCAAAACUUAUUUGUUACAAUGGUUUUAUAUAUAAUAAUGAUAACAGACGUGCUAAUAUUGUUUUUGCAUGUACUUGGUCUAGCCGUGUUAUCAAUCCGAAAGAAAUAGUUAAUAAUUAUCCAUUUGCACACGAAUUAAUAUUAAAUGAUGGUGAUGUGAGGGAUAUCGUUACGGAUUUUCCACCAUCUAAAAAUUUACGGUAUUUGUCACUCAUUAAAUUAAACAUAAAAAAAUUAAAUACAAAAAUUUUUUAUCAUUUGGAAAAUUUAUUAUUACUCGAUUUGAGUGAUAACAAAUUGAAAAGUUUUUCCGGUGAUUUGAUAAAUAAUAAUUUUCAUUUGAAGAAAAUUAAUUUAAAAGGUAAUCCUUGGGAUUGUUCGUAUUAUUUUAAUUGGAUAUUAAACAAAACGAUAAAUUCGAAAAUUGUUAAUAAAAAUUUUCUCGAAUGCGGAUAUGGAAUUUACGCGGGAAAACCAGCGUAUUACGUCAUGUUAUUUAUUAAAAAAAUGAAAAAGGAUUGUCCUCGAGACAUUUGUACUUGCAUAAUGAACAACAUUGUUUGGAACACGGAAAAAACUCAUUUGAUUCCAGUGAUAACGGUUAAUUGUUCCGAUAGCGGAAUCGUUGAUUUACCAAGAAAAUUACCCGUCAACACGACGACUCUCUUGUUAAAUAAAAAUAACGUAACCGAUAUACAACCAUUGAUACAUAAUAAAAUCUACGACAACAUAAUUGAUGUUUAUUUAGAUUAUAAUCAUGUUAAAAACAUUGAUUGUUUAGAAGGUUCCACGUGGUUGAAAAAAUUUCGAGUAUUAAGUUUAAAAGGAAAUCAUUUGACUCAGAUACCUGUUUACGCAUUCGAUAACGCAUUCGAAAAAAAUGUCAAUAUGGCUAAAAUAUAUUUGGGAAAUAAUCCGUGGAAAUGCGAUUGUUCUUUUACACCGGAUUUUCAAAAUUUAUUAAUUAAAUAUAGAAAUUUGGUUAAAGAUGGAGAUGAUGUGACUUGUUCGACAAGGGAAAACGAUGAAAAUUCUAAUUUAAAAAUUACGUCACUAUCGACGAAUUCGUUAUGUCGAAAAUUCGAUCAUUCUAUUAAUCCUUUGGAUGUUUUAAGUAUAGUUUUUGCAUGUUUGACUUUUUUAAUUAUGUCUAAAUUAUUAUUCGAUUGGUGGAUAUUUAAAAAAACUGGAAAACUUCCUUGGAUAGCGACGAAAAUGCCUUGGUAA